AUGGGUGGAGUGAAUAGGACAGCAUUGGCCAAUUCCAUUGGCAGAAUUUUUCAUAGUUCCAAGCACAUUAAAAAGGCAGUAUUUGCAAGCAUCUUAUACUUUGCUUGUGUUGUAUCAGUAAAGCCUACAGAUGGACUGAGGGAUUUGCCACUAGAAGACGGGCUCACAUUGCAGAGAACCAUCGAUGUUUUGAGACACGGGAAUGCAGAUAUUGACCCAUGUGAAGUAGAGUUUAAUCUAACUAAAACCGGAGAAAUGCAGAUGGUGGGCCUAGAGUCUGUGCACAUUUGCAUAGAUAUACCCAAGUAUUUGGAGAUAAAAGAUAAGGUGCAUGGAUUUGAUGAUUCUAUACUGUAUGAAACCGUGUCAAUUGUUGGCGGCCAGUCUGUCAAAGAGGGCAAAGAUGAGGAGGCGCAGAGCGCGCUCUGUUUGCAGUUUAUAGACGCCUUCAAAGGAAUAAAAACAGAUGAGCUGCACAUCAGCAAUUUUUCUUUGGCAUCCAAAGAGAAAGAACUAGCGCCUACUGAUCAGCACAGAAAGGCAUCUCCAAAAUACACAGUUGAAAUCGAGAAAAUUGUGUUUAAAAAUGUCAACCAGCAGCUGGCCAUUGACAUCUUGAGAAAGUACGUGUUCAAAUGCCCUGUGACCAUAGUUUUCAAAGAGAUGGACGAUAUUACAUGGGAGACUCUGAUAAAGAUUCCAAAGAGCGCAAAUUACAGGAGAAUAGAGGUGGAGAAGAUAAAAAACCUGGCCCAGCUAAACGAGAAGAAGCUGUACUCUCUGAGCAGAAUAAUUCCUUUUUUGAAAAUCACAGCAGGCAGCGGCAAGGACAGCAUUAUGACUCUGGGCGCUGUUGGCGAAAUUCUUUUCAAGUAUUUCCUAGACACAAGAAGAACCACAGUGAGCAUGUAUAAAAUAUUCCUCAACUUCAAGAUGCUUGCAACAACCCUGGAAAGCGACAAAAGCAUAGUGCUUGUGGCAGAGAACAUCAAAGACUUUGACGUGAAAGACAGAGAAAGCGAUGAAGAUCCGUUCCAUUCUGAAGCAGAAAACUGUCUCCUAGACAGUUUCUCAUCUCCUCUCAAAAAAAGCGUACAAGAUACGCAUUCUCAGUUUUUCUUCUUUUCCAACCAGUACGAGUUUGAGAUUAAGAUUGAAUUCAAGAACCCGCAAGCACUCACCCUGCUGCAACUGAAGAAAGUACUCUAUUGGAUGACGCAGACCUGCAGGAAGGUCACCAAGCUAACAAUUUCAAAUCUGGUAAUGUCUGCGGACAUGCUGCAGCUUUUCAGCUCAAUAAGAGUAUCAGUGGAAGAUUUGCUGUACCUGAAAUAUCUGUACUUAGAAAAGAUCAAUGGGCUGGAAACUAAGCUCAUGCUGAAGAACACAGACUAUACUUUAAACAGCUCGACAUUGGAGAAAAUACACUUUGAUCCGCACUCGCUCUAUCCCACAUGUCUUCCCAUGCACAUGUAUAUUAAAAAUAGCAUAUCCAAAAAAGUAAAUGCCGAUUCUAGCAAUGUGCCUGAUCUUUCAGUUUUGUAUCCCGGAGUCUCCGUUGAUGACGAGCUGGUGGCCUGCAUGGUGUGUCCCCUGAAUGUAUUCAGAUACCAAGAUGGAAAAAAAGGGUUUGAAACGACAGAAAGUGCUAUUUCUCUGCAGGAAAUCGAGAACAUGACCUGGGAGGAGUUUUGCGAGUGCAAAAACAAGAACCAUAUUGAAAAACAUCUGAUGUAUGCGGACAUAAAAGACAUUGAUAAGAUAACAAAAGAAAACUUCUGCAACGCAGUCAGCUACUUUUCCCGAAUUCCCUUGGUUAUCUUUCCUGUCUGCAAACACACAAUGUGUGUGAGGUGCUUGAACGGCGGAAAGGAGCAUCUAAAAAGGGAGAUAGAAGCUGAGCUGGAGAUGCAGAACUUCACAAACAUAGAGUGUCCAAUGUGCCGGCAGAUAAAUAUGUUUGAUAGCAGCAUUCAAUACCCCGUCUAUGUUACAAAGAGAAGCCCUGCAGACGAUGACUGGAUAUACAGUGCAAGUAGAACCCACUCAGAACCUGAAAAUAACGGUGCUACAACAGAUGAAAUUAUGUUCUUCAGGUGCAGCGGAUUUAAGCCCAAAGAAUACUACAUGGAGCGCAUUCCAUACUUGGCCAAGCAAGAUUUGUUUUUGAGAAAAAAAUAG